CUGUGUCAUUGUCAAAAAUACAUACACGAUUUUAGCGAAAACCAAAUUAAUAAAAACAAAUGAAUUUUGAAUCAACAAGACGAAAAACAAGUGUUCUAUUUCUAGUAUCCACUUAUUUAGAGAAGAAAAUUUAAUUGGGUUAAAUUUAUUUGAGUAUGUAGUAAUAAAUCUGCGCAUCAAAAGACGAAUGGAAUAUUUCAUGAGGUUGUUAAGGAGUUUUAAGUGAUUUAUAUCUUUAUUCCAUAUUUUAAUGAGCAAUUAGUCUAAAUAUCUAUAAAGAUAUGGCGCAAAGACCUCAAAGUAAAAUCAAGUCCAGAAUAAAUGUCUCUAAUAAGUCCGUUUUUCAUCUACAAGACAAAAAAGCUGAUGACAAAGAACUAUCUCUGGGUUUGAUCAAAUCAGCUAAGCGUACUGGACAAUUGAGUUUAUGUAACAGAGGCCUUGGAACUGUGCCAGACAAUGUAUGGAAGAUCGAUGAACUUGUUUUGGAAGAAACAAAAGAAGUUGAUCUUUCCAGAUCAGAUAUCCACAAUUGGUGGAAUUCUGAACCUUUAAAGAUGCUUGACCUAAGCUCAAAUGCAAUAAACAAUAUACCACCACAAAUUAAAAUGCUACAAUGUCUUGUUACUCUAAAGCUCCAUGACAAUGCAUUACCAAGUUUACCCCCUGAGAUUGGAGAAUUGAAAACACUUUCAAAUCUCAGUUUGGACAGAAACAAGCUCACUGAAUUGCCAAAAAAAAUCUAUCAGUUAACAGAGCUGAGAUGGCUAAGUUUAUCACAUAAUCAACUAAAACAUAUUGCACCAGAUUUUGGAGAUUUAGUUAUGCUCACUUUCUUGGAUUUAUCUCACAACAAACUUGUAGAAUUACCGCCUGGUAUGGGUUAUUUGGUUCGUUUAAUUGAACUUAACUUAUCACAUAAUCAGCUACAAGAGUUGCCACCAGAUAUUGUCAAUCUUCGAGAUUUGAAAAAAUUUAAUAUUAGUAAUAACAGUCUCAAAAAACUACCUCCUAUGGGUGAACUUAGAAAAAUGGAGAUAUUUGAUGCAAAUCAUAAUGAUAUUGAGGAGCUUCCUGAUUUCUAUGGAUGUACAGCAUUGAAAGAAAUAUAUUUGGCUAACAACUUUAUUAAGGAGAUAACUGAAGAAUUUUGUGAUCAAAUGCAACAUCUGAAUGUCUUAAACAUCAGGGAUAAUAAGAUAGAAAUCUUGCCAGAAAAUGUAUCUUUAUUACAGAAACUCAAGAGACUUGAUCUUACUAACAAUAAUUUGAAUAAGCUACCAAGAAAUCUCGGCUUGCUAUCACAACUCCAGAGUUUAAGUAUGGAGGGGAAUAGACUGUCGUCAAUCAGGCAGGAUGUUAUUAGGGGGGGUACGAAUCGUAUGAUGAAAUAUCUCAGGGACCGCAUGACAGAAGAAAUUGUGACCGAAACUAGAUGCGAAAAAGAUUCUAUAUGGCCUGAUAAGUACACAUUGAAGAAAAGUCAAGCACUCAUGGUUCCCGGGCGUGAUUUGACCGAUGUACCCGAUGAUGUGUUUAAGGCGGCCGCCGAUGCGGAGGUGCAUAUCGUCGAUGUAUCCAAGAAUAAACUAAACGCUGUUCCCAUGGGGUGUGUAGACUUAACAGUAUGUAAUGUAACAAAAACUGUGACAUGUUGUUUUUUGUUUGUGUUCGAACCAGUAUUGCCAUAUUAAAAUAAGUUAGUGGUCGCUCAACGGUCUAUGUUCGACGAUACAGUUUAAAAAUUAUUAAGGUUUUAUUUAUCAACUAGCUUUCCGACAGCGGCUUCGCCCGCGUGGUUCUGUAAUGUACUUAAAAACCUUCCUUUGAAUCCGCAUCAAAAUCCGUUGCACUGUUUUAAAUAUCUAAGCAUACAUAGGGACAGACAGACGGAAAGCGAUUUUGUUUUAUACUAUGUACUAGCUUUUCGUCAGCGGCUUCGCCCCCGUAGUCCCUAGGAACUGUUCAUUGGAUAUCGAUUCAAAUCAUGACAAGGGUAUAAUAUGACAAAUAUAUAAAAUGACAAAUUGAAUAGUAAACAAUAGUUACCAUGGCAACGUUUAAAUUCCCCAUACAUACUUCCAAACCAAUAAAAACUGGGAAAAUAGUAAACACCAUUGAGAUAUUUACUCUUUUCCGAGUUUUUAUUGGGAAGAUGUGUUAGGUCCAUAUUAUGUAUAGUUUAGACCGAAAUAAUAAGACAAGUUUUAUUUUAAUGGCUUGCCUGAGUCUUCGGUCGUUAUUUUCAAUGAUGAAUUCCAUACAAACUUACAAAAUCUAUUUUCGCAAUAAAAGUUCACCUUUUCCUAAGGUCAACUCUAUCGCUGUAAUUAAUUUCAUUAAAAUCGGUCCAGUGGUUUUUAAGUAGGAGAGCAUAACAGACAAACAGUCAGAGUUAUUUUCGCAUUUAUAGUUUUAAUAAGAAUGGGAAAAAUGUGUAAUAUUCCAAUGAACAUGUUUUAUUUCAGUAUAUGCCAUGUGAAGGAUACUCUGUCACAGUUGAUAUUAUCUGCAAACAACAUCUUAAACAUUCCACCCGAGAUAUGUCGCUGCGUUCAUUUGCAAUAUCUUGAUCUCGGGAAAAAUUGCUUGUCAGACUUGCCCUCAGAAAUUGGGACGAUGAAGAACUUGAGGGAACUUGUUAUCUCUAACAACAAGUAAGGAUAAAUAUGGUUUUCGAAAUAUAAAUAUGUAAUAAUAAGUACACAACAACACUACGC